CUGUGAACACUGUCUUUCUCUCCUUUAUUUUAAUCAAUUCAACGAGAGAAGUAACUAAACACCAACAUGUCUGUUACUAUUCCCCCAGGCGGCACCUACUUCGACACGCUCAGGAAGAGCUUCGUCGACGUGCCUAUCACGGCGGACAACAAGAUCUCGACCACCGAAUUUCUCGAGGCGGCCGAGAGCUUGCUUACUUUGUUUGAUGUGCUUGGCUCGGCAGCGUUUAAGCCUGUCAAGAAUGACAUGAGCACUAACAUCAAGAAAAUCCGCGACCGCCAACUCGCUGCUCCCACCCUCUCCGAUACCCUCCAAGACCUCGUCAUCAACGAGCUCAAAGAGAAGAAGCACGUUGCAACCGAGGGUCUCCUAUGGUUGACUCGUGGCCUCGACUUCACCGCGCAAGCCCUCCGCCACAACAUCGCCAACCCCACCAAGGAACUCUCCGACUCCUUUCGCGACGCCUACGGCAACACGCUCAAGCCGCACCACUCGUUCGUCAUCAAGCCCAUCUUCAGCGCCGCCAUGAGUGCUACCCCAUACCGCAAGGACUUCUACGCUAAGCUUGGGGACGAUGAAAGCAAGGUUCAGCCAGCGCUUGAGUCGUGGCUGGCGGCGUUGGAGAAGAAUGUAGGCAUUCUGAGGACCUUCACCACCAGCAAGGAAGCGAAGUGGUAGAGAGGUGCUACAUUGGCGGAAUAAAUUGCAUGUUGCAUGGGGUAUAUACACGAGCUUCGGCAUGACUGAAUGAAUCCACGGCAUCCAUCACCCAUCAAAGAUUUC